CGGGACCCGAGCUGGAGCUGCUGCACCGAUCUGCCUUGGCUCUGUUGCACGCCACGUCCCGCGCCUGGCCACUGGUGCUUUCCCGCCGUCGGAGGGCCGCCGGCUGGCGCGGGCCUACCGCCCCGGCAUCUUUGCCUUUUAAACCCUAGAUGUGGCUGUUACCAGAGUGGAGCACCCGCCUCAGUCCCACGAGUGCCACAAAGCAUGCCAUGGCCUGGGAGUGCCCUGCCAAGCUGCCCUCACCUGCCAAGUCGGACCUUACCUGGCGAUUCCACAGUGCCAAGCCCACAGCUCCCCAAGGAGGUAGCUGGCCCAGCCUGCGAGCCUGCCCUGAGCAGCUGUCUCUGAUCCCUCAGCCAGGCAGAAGGGAACCAUUAACAGCCUGAGGAGCCGGCCAGCUGGGAACCUCAGACCACACCACCCACCGUGCUCCCAGCUUACCUCCAAGAUGUCGACAGCCCUCAUGCUGCUUUGGAUUUUCUCUUUGUCCUUAUCUGGAAGCCAGGUGGCAUCUGACAAGCCACGAUAUUUAAUCCCUAAUAAGGUGUGGGUUAAAGUAGUCAAGAAAAGUGUAUCUGUGACAACGGUUAUAGGGGUUCAUAAUAAGACGUCUGAGACACCAACCACAGUGGCUCCUUCUCUGGUUGAAUUCACCAAAGGGACUUUGAUAGCCAACCUCAUUUCUACUAAAGUCCCAGCAGAGACAACACACAGGACAAAUGUGAGCACUUCAGCAGCUACGGAAGGUGUGACUGAGAGUGUGACUUCCGGAGCUGCCACACCACCCCUGUCACCCGUUCCCACGUCCUCCACCCGCACAUCUGGGCAGCAGACCCCAACCACAACCGUCCCUGGGCUUCCAUCUGUCAGCACACCUCGUGCACAAGUGCCAAGGACCAGCACACCUCCAGCAACAGCGGCAAGGGCAACAGCGCUGACCACAAGUAACCAGACUGCUGCUGCAGCCACUGCCAACACAAGCAGCUCCUCCAGCACCCUCAGCUCCUCAGAGCACACACCCACUAACUCCACAGAGAGCCCUGCACCCACUGUGGGUCCCCAAGCACAAGGUCCCACCAGCCAGAUGUCACCAGCCCAGCCAGUGCUUAGCACAGCAAGUGGGUCUCCAUCUUUCCCCUCUACCAUCACCCCAGUGGCCACUGCCGCCCCUUCCAUGACUUCUGCAUCUUCCACAGCAGUGGCCACCACACAGGCUCAAGCUAAGGAGCCAACUACCAGCUCAGUGCCAACGCCUCCCACCAGUCUGACCCCUAAGGUGGAAGCCACAUCACCCACAGUGCUACCAAGCUCUGUGUCAUCUACCCGUGGGGCUGAAGGAUCAACCUCUUCCCACACAUCAGAGCAGGUGGAGACCAAAGCCACACCUGGAACUGCCUCUGCCAGGGUGACACCUGGGAGCUCAAGGGACCCCAAGAUGUCAGCUACAGAUUUGUGCCAGCCCAGCACUGAAGGCCAGUACCUAGUGGUCACCACUGAGCCCUUGACCCCAUCCUCAGUGAACAAAACGUUCCUCCUGGCGGUGCUUAUACUUGGAGUGACCCUUUUUGUCACAGUCAUUGUUUUGUUUGCCCUGCAAGCCUUUGAGAGCUAUAAGAAGAAGGAUUACACGCAGGUGGACUAUUUAAUCAAUGGCAUGUAUGCAGACUCGGAGAUGUAAGCGAAGGCUGGGGUCAGCUGCGACCACCACAGCUCGGGGCCAGGUGAGCCCCUUCCUCCAUCUUCCAUUUUGCCUCUGAGACCAAAUUAAGUGCUUCCAAAUCUUUUUGGUGCAAUUUUGGAGAUACGCCAGAUGCUUAGACACAUUUAAUCGCCAUCAGAUUAAUUCCAUGAUCACAAAAGAGUUGCUGCUUUUUCAUAUUUAUUUUUGUAAAGGAUCAUGAGCCAGGAGCAGGUGGUGACUCUGCCAUGGGUUGGGCUUGGGUUGGGCAGAAGCCCUGGGCCCCUCAGCCCCCGGGUUGUCAGAUCGUAACCAAAAUUAAAACAGUGACUGC